CGAAUAUUCAACUAAUUUCACAUUGCAAAUGAUCAAACGACUUUUAUUCAACAUAGAUUAACAUUGAUAGACAAACACAAACGAUGAAUUCAUUGCUACUUGCCAUUCCCCGCGUCAUUCUGGCCCUCGAAUACUUCAUUGGCGGCAUUCCUCGACUCGGCCCCUGGCCAUUCAAGUCGCUUCAUGAGAGAAUCUAUCGGAAGACUCGAACGACGGCACCUCAUCUCUUUCCAGUCUACCCUUUUACGGAUCCACGCAAUAUCAAACUGCAUAUGCUGUACAUUGGAAGCUUGAUGAUCACGGAAGGCUUUCUCUUGGUUUUGCCACAGACCGGAGGAGCUCCUAUCACUCUCUUUCUAGGUUGUUUUUUAACAGCUUCUGGGUAUUGGAGUCAAAUGCGAGCUGGCAUGCCAUAUUGGCUUCCUGUCACAAACUUUUCUUUGGCUUGGGCUGUGUAUUUUGUCGAAAAUCGAGCGCAUGAUACUAAACUCGCUUGUUGACGGUGGAAUGAGUUUUACGUCCGGAAAUCGCCUCAUUUUUCCAAUACAUGAUCAAACCGG